AUUCCUAAUGAUGUUGCUGAUGCAAAAUGACACACACACACACUCUCUCUUUCAUACAACACAACACAAAACUCAGUCCUAUAAAUUGUGACGCGUCUUCUUUCAUUCCCAUUCUCAUCUCUGAAUUCUUCUUCUCCUCAGAUCUCUCUUUUCCUUCUUUCGAUCUCAACCUUUCUUUAACUAAGGUUGCUGAGAAAAAAUGGUGAAGAUUUGUUGCAUUGGAGCUGGCUAUGUUGGUGGUCCAACAAUGGCUGUGAUUGCUUUGAAGUGUCCUGAGAUUGAGGUAGCUGUGGUGGAUAUCGCUGCGCCGAGAAUCAAUGCUUGGAACAGUGAUCACCUACCUAUAUAUGAGCCUGGUCUUGAAGAUGUGGUGAAGGAGUGCAGAGGAAGGAAUCUUUUCUUCAGUACUGAUGUUGAGAAACAUGUUGCUGAGGCCAAUAUCGUCUUUGUCUCGGUCAACACUCCUACAAAGACGCAAGGUCUUGGAGCUGGCAAAGCAGCUGAUCUCACUUAUUGGGAGAGUGCUGCAAGGAUGAUUGCUGAUGUUUCAAAGUCGGACAAGAUUGUUGUUGAAAAGUCGACUGUUCCGGUUAAAACAGCUGAGGCAAUCGAGAGGAUUUUGACUCACAAUAGGAAAGGCAUUAAUUUCACUAUUUUGUCUAACCCUGAGUUUCUUGCUGAGGGUACAGCUAUCAAAGAUCUGUUCAAUCCCGACCGUGUCCUUAUCGGAGGCAGGGAAACCCCGGAAGGGCAAAAGGCUAUUCAUGCUUUGAGAGAUGUUUAUGCUCAUUGGGUCCCGUUGGAUCGAAUCCUUUGCACCAAUUUGUGGUCUGCUGAACUCUCAAAGCUUGCAGCCAAUGCUUUCUUGGCUCAGAGGAUCUCCUCUGUGAACGCCAUGUCUGCAUUAUGUGAGGCAACUGGUGCUGAUGUCUCCCAGGUUUCUCACUCAAUCGGAACUGACUCGAGAAUUGGACCAAAAUUCUUGAAUGCUAGUGUUGGUUUUGGUGGAUCCUGCUUUCAGAAGGAUAUUCUGAACUUGGUCUAUAUCUGCGAGUGCAACGGCCUUCCCGAGGUGGCUAACUACUGGAAACAGGUCAUUAAGGUGAAUGACUACCAGAAAUCUCGGUUCGUGAACCGAGUUGUCUCUUCAAUGUUCAACACAGUCUCAGGGAAGAAAAUUGCUGUUUUGGGAUUUGCUUUCAAGAAAGACACCGGUGACACUAGGGAGACUCCUGCGAUCGAUGUGUGCAAGGGUUUAUUAGGAGACAAGGCUAAGUUGAGCAUUUAUGAUCCUCAAGUUUCUGAAGAGCAAAUCUUGAAGGAUUUGGCAAUGAAGAAAUUCGAUUGGGAUCAUCCUGCUCAUCUUCAACCAACAAGCCCAACAACUUCCAACAAGCAAGUGUCUGUGGUUUGGGACGCGUACGAGGCGAUUAAGGAUGCACAUGGUGUGUGCAUUAUGACUGAGUGGGACGAGUUCAAGAAUCUUGAUUACAAAAAAGUUUUUGACAACAUGCAGAAACCGGCAUUUAUCUUUGAUGGAAGAAAUGUCGUGGAUGUGAAAAAGCUGAGGGAAAUUGGUUUCAUCGUUUAUUCCAUCGGAAAACCACUAGAUGCUUGGCUCAAGGACAUGCCUGCAGUGGCUUAAAGAAGAGAAAAUUUACAAACUUGUGCUGCCUUUAGGGAUGAAUUUGUUGGUCAUUUUCAGAAUGAGGAUGCAUUGCUCCAUCUGCUAUAUUUUUAUCAUGCUAUUAUUCUUAUAGUUUAGAUAUAUUUCUGUUGUUGUUUUUUCAUCUAUGUUACUUUGAUGAUUUCAUAUGAGAUUUUGGUGGCAAGUUAUAAUAGCUUAAUUGCCCAAAUAUCCUUAUUUGUUUUACAUGGUUUAAUGCAAUAAAUUGGUGGUGAAGGGAAUUUUAUACAAUGAAUAUCAUUUCUUUUGUCA